UCGCGUUCGCCGGAUGGGACGCCCCUGCGGAGAGCUCUCAGUUUAGUGUGCGCGACUGAUCGUAGGUGCAAGCCCACCCUCCCUCGCCACCUUUCCAGAUGCGUGUUAGUGAGGCAGUGGUGCUCGUCGUGUCAGUCCUAUGUGGCGGAUGCGCUUCGAUAUUUUGACUGGCCCUCUGUUGGGACCAUAUCUCAGUUUUGUCCAGUAGUGAACUCGGCUGAAGUGCUUUCUCUUGGGAGCGAAGGUGGUGUCGGUUCGAAGCAAACAAAGAGGCCCGUGUGCUAUCAUUGCAUUGGACGGAUGAUACCCGUUUCCGACGUACGUGCGCCUGCUGGAAGCCUGCGCAGCUCUGGAAUGAUGACGUUCCUUUCUCACCGGUGGAACUGCGUGCAUAAGAAGCUGUCGUUAUGCCCAAGUCCCUAGCCCCGCGAUACUCAACUCCAGGAAGCGCCGAUGCGUCUUUCCCGAUUGGAAGCCAUAAUCACGGCUGCUGCUGCCAGCUUUAGAAGACAGCACUGUGUAAAACGUUACCUGAAGCCUUGCGGCACCUUUCAGCGACGACGAGUGUGUGAAUUGUUUCGGUAGUCUGUGUCAAAUAGCAAAGUCUGCUGAAACCCUGUUGCCAUGGUGAGGUGGUGAAGCUUUUGAAUUUCCGAGAUGUUGACUGACGCGCUAAAAUGGCGAAGUUUCGCUAUAAACGUGUCGUAGACCUUCAUGCGCCAGCUUAAUAUACAAAGGGAAACCUGGAAAAGCUCGCCUCGUUUUAGACGUGCACUGACAACUGCUGUUAGGGCCCUAACAACAGACCCGCUUCGAAAUGUCAAAGGUUGUGUUGUCCUCAGCCUCUCCGCGGUGACGCCUAAGCUGUUCGAGCGGCCUCGACUGGGCAAUCUUGACACCGUUUUCAAAGCUACAUAGCUCUGUGCUCGGAACACAUAGUCGCCAGCCAAGGUAACGUGCUCCACUACGAACAUAAGAGAGGUCGUCGUCUGCUAGCGCGGCGCGCGCGGCUUGCGACCUCCAGCAUGGCUGCUCCGGCGACCCAGUGUCUGGACCGGAGUUGCGCAGCGGUGUGAAAGCGUCUAGUGGAGGCGCGUUCUGCGCUUCUACGUCGUGUGUGUGCGUGUGUGUGUGGCUGAGACUGUUCGUAGAGCGGUUCGGGGUGAAUCAUUCGGUGAAUAAGUCCGGACCGCUAGUCACCACCGUUCGUGUUUCUUUGGAGAGACAACAUCGUCGUCUACUUCCGUUCUUCCAAGUGCGUCGUCUGCGCUCGACUCCAGCAGACGAUACGAAGCGUGCAACAUGGCGGCCGUGGAAGUGCUCACGCGAUACCUGAAGCGCAACUCGCGUCGCCUGUCUCGAGAAAACAGCCGAGAGUCCGCGUCACUUCUGUCGGAAUACAACGAUCAAAUUCGAUCCUUUGUCAAAAUAGUGGCCGACUUCACGCAGCAACUCUCCAAGUUGCACUCCCGCCAUGCCGAGGAACUGCAGCUGCUCGUUGAGGCGUUCCGGAAGCGGAACUCGGAAUUACGGAAGGAACGGCCUCCGUACCAUAGCAGUCUCUUCAACUGUUGGGAGGUGCUUCUUCAGGAAGUUGAAGUCGACUCUCAGGUUCACGGCGACAUCUCCCGCUGCCUGUCCCAUCACAUGGGCGUGAUGCUGCUGGAGAAGACCUUCCACCGCAAGGCACAGUCGCGGAAGGUCUUCCAGCACCGGGAAAGCUUCGAGACCAUCCUCGUCAAGGCCGAGGAACUGCUCAAUAAGUGCCAGGGCGAGUACGCCGAGGCGUACCGGACCGUGUGCCGCCGAGGCGGUCCCGAUCUCACGGCCGCGCCGCUGGACCAGCCGUCGCCGCUGACCGCGUCCGAGGAGCAGGCGGCGCUGGCCGCCUACUACGACUGCCACAACGCGUACGUCCAGCAGCUGGCCGCCACCAACGGAAUGCUGGACGAGUACUACGGCUCCACGCUGCCCCGCCUGCUGGACGAGCUGCAGGACGUGUACUGCGACAUCAGCACCAUCGUCGCGCAGUCCAUGCUGGCGGCCUCCGACGUCCUGGCGGCCAAGGCUCGGGAGCAGGCGGACCACUACGAGGCGGUGGGCUCCUCGUGCCGCGCGGUCAACGCGCGCAGCGACCUGGCGGGCUUCGUGCGGACCCUGUGCAGCACGGACCCUCGCAACCCGGCCGGAAGCGGAGCGAUCCCGGCCACGCCCCCUCGGCACCCGUUCGUACCGCCUAGGGCCGACGACGAAUCCGUCUCCUCGGGGGACUCCCAGCUGCAGCAGCCCAGCCUCGGGGAGCAGGUGAUAGUGGACCGACUGGCUUCGCUGUCGGUGUCUUCGCGUUCCGAGAGUCUACGGCAGGACGUGGCUCAGCUCGAGGUGCAGGUGCGACAGCUCCAGGACACGCUGGACGCCCUGCUCAGGAUGCAGCAGAGGAGCUUGGAAUCAAGCCUUUACAACAAGGCCAAUGAACUUCAGGAGGACAUUAGUAUGAAAAGGUUUGAUCUCCAUGUGGCACAGAUUCACCUCGCAGCUGUCAAAGCCCAGUUCGCUCUGUUCCGGGGCAAGGAGGUAGAGGCGGACGGGGAGGAACGCAACUGCCGCGAGCGCAAGGCGUCGACCGCGGUGCCGGCGGUCACCGGCACCAUCAAGAACAAGUGGCUCAAGGCUUUCCGAAGCCUCAAGACCGGAAGCGGGGCCUCGGACAAGCCUGAUGGGUCUGACCGGAAAGGAAGCCAUGCUGCUGGCGGCGCAGGUGGCGCAGGCGUGUCCUGGGACACGGGCCAGCACGUGUUCCAGGAGUACACGUACAAGAAGGUGACCGCGUGCGACGUGUGCCGCGAGAUACUGCGCGGCCACGUGCGCCAGGGGCUCAAGUGCAAGCUGUGCAAGUUCAACGUGCACGCCGAGUGCCAGGACAAGGCCAGUCGGUGCCAGCCCAAGCCCAGACUUCUUCGAAGACAGCGGUCAGCAUCAGAAAUUGAGACCAAGAUCAUCCCAGCCGAACCUGAGGAAGAAAAGACGCCCAGCGCCACGCCGGAUGCUGUGGACCCCAUCUACCAGCUGCUGAAGCAGGCCGGCGACCUGGGCGGUUCGUCCCGCCGGGAUCGCGGAGGUGGAGGGGGAGGAAUGGAGGCCUCCUCGACGCUCACCCGGCUUGGACCCGGCGCGGACCGGGACGGCGGCGGAAGCAGUAGCGUCUCGUCCAGCGUGGCGUCACUGCAGCAACGCCGGCCCCGCUCGAAUGCCUCGUCGUCGGCCUCCUCCUCUUCUUCGCACAUGCUCACUGUCUCCUCGCACCAGCACCAUCCGUCGUCCUCUGCCCGUUGGAGACAGAUAGUAUCAGCACCUCACAGUCCCCAACGCAAGAAGUUGUCUCUCCGUAUGAAGAGCCUCUCCCUGGACAGCCCUGAGUCGAACGAGCAUGCCCAUCGUCGACGACAACUCACAGCUCCCCAAAGUCCGGUGCACGGUCGAAGGCAGCUCCUGAGCGCCAAGGCGGUGCGCAUGAGUUCGGUCGAUCUGCCCGACGACAACGAGAAGUCACUCAGCAGCGCCUCUACCUCACCCUGUCCAUCCCCAGCUUCGGCGCAGAAACCCCAUCGCCUGCUACCAACCAACCUCUACGUAGUGCUGUACAAUUUCAGGAGUCGACAUCAGGACGAGCUCGAUCUCAAGGCUGGUGAUACGGUGACUGUGAUCGAUACCACAGACCCAGAUUGGUGGCAGGGCAAGUGCCUGGGCCGCGUGGGGUUCUUCCCGUCCAAGUACGUGGCCAAGCUCCAUUCGGGCGAGCGGGCUCUACAGGUGCUGCACUCCAUACAGGUCAUGGACGGGCAGGAACCCGUCAAGCUGCUGCGUGAUCAGAUCGUGAUCCAAGUGGCCGACGAGAUGGACGGCAAGGUGUUGGUGCGGACGGGGCUCGGCGACAAGGCGCUGCCUUGCCCACUGAAGUACCUACAGGAAGUGUGAACCACACGUCCUACCCCGCGCUUCCCCGGAUGUGGUGGUGGUGGUGCGGGAGGGAAAGCGAGACUUUCCAGGGAAGCUGCGCGUACCACCAUCGUCGCCGACUUCCUCUUUCUCCGUGUACUUCCUCCGUAACCAUCGCGGGCACCAUCUGCAGUCGUUCAAGCUCGGCGACGGGGCGAUCGUGACCGAACUGAUGGACGCAGUCGCCAUGCCGAUCAGUGUGCACAUUCGAGGCCUCUUCUUUCUCUUUUUUCAUUUUUAUAUCUGAUUUCCGGUUUCGUUUAUUCGAUGCGUGAAAAUUGCUCGUCUGUUUUCGACUGUGUGGAGCGAUCAUUCGCGAAAGGUUGACUGGGAGUGCAUCGUCGGCGCUCCGCGAGACCUCCGUCGACUCGGGAGUGACUGUGUUCACGGAGAAGAUGUAGGCCUAACGAAAAGUACGCAGGGAAUGAAUUUUGGUGCGAAGCUGUUUGCAGGUUGUGACGAUCUUUUUAUUAUCUCAGAAAGUUUACUGCUCCCCUGUAUUGUUU